GCGUCUCAGGCGCAUGCGCUCUUUUUACUUUGGUCGGACUUGUCCUAAACCAUCAUGGCGGCUCUUUCGGGGAAGCUUUGCCCGCUACGUGGUGGGCGCUGCAGGUGCCUUUCUUUAUCCGUUGGACGGCUUAGCAGUAAAGAUGGAGAAUCAGAGCGAUUUAAACCACCUCCAAAGCCAAUCAUUAUUGAUGAAUUGAAACAACAAGCAACAGAAAAACGGUUCUUGAGUCCUGAAUUCAUCCCUCCACGGCAGAGAGCAAAUCCUUUUAAAUUCUUCCUUGAAAGAAAAUAUAUGAUACAGAGAAGAAAAGUAAUCAAUAUUCCAGAAUUUUAUGUCGGAAGUAUACUUGCUGUUUCUGCAACAGAUCCCUAUUCCAAUGGAAAGUGCAACACUUUUGUAGGACUUUGCAUUCAGCGAUCAGGAAAGGGUCUUGGUGCAACCUUCAUACUUCGAAAUGUAAUAAUUGGACAAGGUGUUGAAAUCUGCUAUGAAUUAUAUAAUCCUCUAAUCCAUGAGAUCAAAGUUUUGAAGUUGGAGAAGCGACUAGAUGAUAACUUGAUGUAUUUACGGGAUGCCCUGCCGGAGUUCAGCACUGUUGAUGUAAACAUGAAGCCACUGUCUUACAUACUUUACGAUGAAGUUCCUGUCAACAAGAUGAAGGUCAAAAUGAAGCCUAAACCCUGGUCAAAACGCUGGGAACAUCCAAAAUACAAUAUCCAGGGCAUCAACUUUGAUGAAUAUCUUACAGAAAAAGACAAAGAAAGAAUUAAAAAAUGGGAAAUGCCUUGGAGAGAAUUUGAUAUGAUGCUAGAGUAUGACACAUCGAAGAUUGAAAAGGAAAUCCAGAAAGAAGUGAAUGAAGAGCUGAAUAAAAGAUAGGGGGCUGUUACUUGGAAAGACCAUCAUUCUGAAUUUUAGGUUAUAUUUUUAACAGUGGACUCCUGAAUAAACAUGGACGUGAAAGGUAUUCAGACUUCGUUUCUCCAGUGUUAGCAAUCUCUACAUACACAAAACAUAUUAUUCUAAACAAGGGCAGGUAAUCUUUUGAUAGUUGGGGGAAAUAUGUGGGCCACAAGAAACAUGCUGGUGACAUCUUUAGAAGGGGUUGGUCCCAAAUGUUUAAUCCUUUUGCAAUGGGAGGCAGCUAAAGAGGUUUUUUUUUAUGUAUAAAUGAGCACUUUUCAAAAAUCACCCCAUAAUUUGUUGCCAAAGAGCUACAGAAAUAAGGCUGGUGGCCAAGAGUUGCUCAUGUCCAUUCCAGAAGUUCUUUUUGUAUUUGAUAGGGCAGAUAAAAAAGAGAAAUAGGGCUGACUUUGGGCUGUAAGGCAUGCAGGAAUCCGUAGUAUAAGAUUAAAUCUGCAAUAAAAGCAUCGAUUAUAUUACUGUAUCCAAUUCAUUUUUUACCGUGCAUAUUUUUAAUCCCUUGCAUUGGCAAGAUUGACAGUUGGUUUAGAGGACGUAAAACUAAAACAUGUAUUGCCCUACUCAUUGGUAAAGGAAGGGUUCUUUACUAAAGAUCCCAAGAAGAAUAGUUAACUAUUGUAAUACCUGGAACCUCCAUACCAAUAAUUAGCUAUUUGAAACAAAAAUGCUGUUGUAUUUCCCAACUUACGUUACUCAGCAAUGUCAUAUACUUUUAGGAUAUAAAACAUCAGAUGCAUUAUAAUAAAACUUCAACUGAAGCACAGUAUUGUCAGAAA